GACGUCACCAAACCCUGUCUCUCCCUCUCUCUCUUCUGAAGCUCUUAUUAAGGCCAUAGCCCCGACCCUUCCCGUCUCUCAGAGGCAAUCUUUCCUGUUUCUCGGAGGCAAUCUCUCUCACAUAGAGGUAGCACAUGGCGACCCGGGUAGAAAACCGGCGUUUCGACUCCCUAGAGAGCGGAAGACCCACCGGCCGCAGAGCCUUGAAACUCAGCCGACCGCAGCCCAACGGCCGGACAGACCCUCCUUCGCUCGUUCUCAACGCCGAUCUCCUCGCCAUGUCCUCCUUUUCCCCAUCCUGCCAGCCACCAAACAAGGCAGAGCAGCCAGAGACGGACAGUGAGGAGGAGGAGGCGGUGGUGGAAGAAGGAUGGCGGUUGCCCUCACCCGCCGCCGACCCGUUGCCACCACCGGUACUAGACCCGAGGGACCAGGGAACGUCGGACGACUGGAUCCCCCGGAACCCCACCUUGGUGCGGCUGACCGGCAAGCACCCGUUCAACUGCGAGCCGCCGCUGGGCCGCCUCAUGCACCACGGCUUCAUCACGCCCGCCCCGCUGCACUACGUCCGCAACCAUGGCGCGGUGCCGAGGACCAGCUGGGACGACUGGACGGUCGAGGUGUGCGGCCUCGUGCGGCGGCCGGCGAAGCUCACCAUGAAGCAGCUGGUGGAGGAGUUCCCCGCCCGGGAGCUCCCCGUGACGCUUGUGUGCGCCGGCAACCGGCGCAAGGAGCAGAACAUGGUGAAGCAGACCAUCGGCUUCAACUGGGGAGCCGCCGGCGUCUCCACCAGCGUCUGGCGCGGCGCCAGGCUCUGCGACGUCCUCACUCGGUGCGGCAUCCUCAGCAGCCGCAGGGGCGCGCUCAACGUCUGCUUCGAGGGGGCGGAGGACCUGCCCGGCGGCGGCGGGUCCAAGUACGGCACCAGCAUCCAGAGGAGUAUAGCCAUGGACCCCUCCAAUGACAUCAUCCUGGCGUACAUGCAGAACGGCGAGAAGCUCAUGCCGGACCACGGCUUUCCGGUGCGGAUGAUCAUCCCAGGCUUCAUCGGCGGCCGGAUGGUGAAGUGGCUCCGCCGCAUCAUGGUCACCCCGGUCGAGUCGGACAACUACUACCAUUACAAGGACAACCGGGUUCUCCCCUCCCACGUUGACGCCGAGCUCGCUGACUCCAAAGGGUGGUGGUACAAGCCGGAGCACAUCAUCAACGAGCUGAACAUCAACUCGGCGAUCACGACGCCCGGCCACGACGAUGUGCUGCCCAUCGAUUCGUCGACAACGCAGAAGCCGUAUACCUUGAGAGGAUACGCAUAUUCCGGCGGAGGGAAGAAGGUGACGCGGGUGGAGGUGACGUUGGACGGCGGCGAGACAUGGCUCGUCUGCAAUCUCAACCGCCCGGAGAAGCCCAACAAGUACGGGAAGUACUGGUGCUGGUGCUUCUGGUCCCUCGACGUCGAGGUCCUCCAGCUGCUGGGCGCCAAGGAGAUCGCCGUCAGGGCUUGGGACCAAACCCACAACACCCAGCCUGAGAAGCUCAUCUGGAACCUCAUGGGGAUGAUGAACAAUUGCUGGUUCAGGGUGAAGAUCAACGUAUGCAAGCCGCACAGGGGAGAGGUGGGGCUGGUGUUCGAGCACCCGACUUUGCCGGGCAACCAGUCCGGCGGUUGGAUGGCUCGCCAGAAGCACCUGGAGAUGUCGGAGGCGGCGCAGGCCAUGAAGAAGAGCGUCUCCACUCCCUUCAUGAACACCUCCGCCAAGAAGUUCACCAUGUCCGAGGUCAAGAGGCACUGCACCGAGGAGUCGGCGUGGAUCGUCAUCCACGACCACGUGUACGACUGCACCGCAUUCCUCAAGGACCACCCCGGCGGCGCCGAUAGCAUUCUAAUCAACGCCGGCGCGGACUGCACGGACGAGUUCGACGCCAUCCACUCGGACAAGGCGAAGGCGAUGCUCGACGCGUACCGGAUCGGCGAGCUCCUCCCUACCGGCUACAGCUCUUCCGCCUCGGCCAGCAGUUCCCCCAACACUUCGGUCCACGGCGCGUUCAACCUCUUACACCUGUCCACCAUCAACGAGACUGCUGCGCCUUCCCGGCCGGCGGCGCUCGUGCCGCGCGAGAAGAUUCCCUGCCGGCUCGUCUCGAAGACGGCGAUAUCGCCGGACGUCCGUGUCUUCCGAUUCGAGCUCCCGUCCACGGACCAAGUUUUGGGGCUCCCCGUGGGGAAGCACAUCAUGGUGAGCGCGACCAUCGACGGGAAGCUUUGCAUCCGAGCCUACACGCCGGUGAGCCCGGUGGACCAGGUGGGUCACUUUGACCUACUGGUAAGGGUCUACUACAAGGGCGUGAACCCCACCUUCCCCAAAGGUGGGCUCAUGUCCCAGCACCUCGACUCGCUCCCCCUGGGCUCGACGGUGGACAUCAAGGGGCCGGUGGGGCACAUCGAGUACGCCGGCCGGGGCAGCUUCAAGCUCGGCCAAGGCAAGCGCCGGCACGCCAAGAGGCUGGCCAUGAUCGCCGGCGGCACCGGAAUCACGCCCAUAUACCAAGUCAUCCAGGCCGUUCUGAGCGACCCAUCGGACGAGACCCAAAUGCACCUCGUCUACGCAAACCGAUCGGAGGAGGGCAUACUUCUGAGGGAGGAGCUGGACGGGUGGGCUCGGCAGCACCCGACGCGCCUGAAGGUGUGGUACGUGGUGAGCCAGUGCGGGAGAGAUGACUGGGAUUACAGCGUCGGUCACGUGACGGAGGAGGUGCUCAGGGGGAAUAUUCCGGAGGGGUCGACGCCGGAGACGCUGGCUCUGGUGUGCGGGCCGCCCGCCAUGCUCGAGCUCGCUGUGUUGCCUAACCUUGUGAAGCUUGGCUAUGAUGUCAAGGACUCGUGCUUGCAGUUCUGACGCAGAAUAUACAUGUGCAUCCUCGCCUUUUCUUCUUCUUCUCUCUUCUUCCUCGUCUUUGCAUUCUCUUCUUCGUUGUCCAGGGCCUGUAGGAUAAAUUAUGAAGAGGAAAAAGAAGGCUUUAUUAGUUAA